AAACCCUUUACCUAAACAAAUUCUCAAAAAAAUACCAGCAUUUUUAACGUUAAAAAGCUUCAAUCUUCCGCCAUUAAUUUCAUCAAGUAUAUGUGCGAACGCAUGCCAACUACUUCCCUGCUCUUCAUAGUCACGACUCACGCCCACAUUCUCUCUCUCUCUCUCUCUCUCUCUCUCAGGUGGAUGAAUGGUUAGAACAAAUUUAUGAAAAUUGAAGUUUGGUAAACUGGGUUUGGUUUCUUAAGAGCGGAUUGAUUGUCGCAAAAAGAGGAAAAUGGUGAUCAUAACCCAGGAUAUGAUAAAGCAAUUCCAGAAUCUGAUAGAAGCAUUUGACGAGCCUAUCAAGAUCAUAUACGAGAAUUUGCAUCAAGGAUAUCCAACUGAGACUAUUGUUCGGUUUCUUAAAGCACGAGACGGAAACAUCUCCAAAGCUCAUAAAAUGCUUGUCGAUUGUCUAAAUUGGAGGAUUGAAAACCAGAUCGACAAAAUAUUGUCGAAACCAAUCGUUCCUAUUGAGCUUUACAGAUCAGUGCGUGAAUCCCAGCUUAUAGGCAUGUCGGGUUACACAAAAGAUGGGCGACCUGUUAUUGCUGUUGGUGUAGGGCUUAGCACAUAUGACAAAGCAUCUAUUCAUUGCUAUGUUCAAUCACACAUCCAGAUAAACGAAUACAGAGACCGCAUAAUUUUGCCAUCUGCAACAAAAAAUUUUGAACGACACAUAAGCACAUGUGUCAAGGUUCUUGAUAUGACUGGGCUCAAACUUUCCCAUCUCAAUCAAAUCAAGUUAUUAACUGUUAUAUCUAGCAUCGAUGACUUAAACUACCCAGAGAAGACAGAUACCUACUAUAUAGUGAAUGCACCAUAUGUAUUUUCAGCUUGCUGGAAGGUUGUGAAGCCACUCCUGCAAGAAAGAACAAGAAAGAAGGUCCAGGUGCUUUCGGGUUGUGGGAAAGAUGAACUCUUGAAGAUAAUGGAUUACGAAUCUCUACCCCAUUUUUGUAGAAGACAAGGGUCUGGAUCAUCAAAGCUUGCAAGAAACAACAGUGGUGGUGAUGAUUCUUGUUUCUCAUUGGACCAUGGGUUCCACCAGCAGCUGUAUAACUACAUAAACCAACAAGCUGUUGGUGGAAAAUCGCGGGCCCCACUCAAGCAAGGAUCUUUUCAUGUGGAGUUCCCUGAACCUGAUCUGAUGGACUGUAAGAUUGUUCAAACGAUAGAAACUGAGUUUCAUAAGAUAGAGAACCAAAAUGGGUUUGCUGAUGAACAUGAUCAUAAGGAGGAACCAAGUUAUCAAGUUGAUGAUGGAGCCCAUACUACAAGAGUUGAUGAAUUUGAACCAUUCUUAGAGGAUUAUUCACUUUUUGCUGAGUAUAAUGUCGAAAAGAAUUGUGAACCUCAACCAGGAAUGGAUAUUCUAGAGGGUAUGGUAAGUGAUGAUAGUGGAGAGGCUUUCUAUUCUAAGAGUGGAAACGUUUCUGAGGGUAGUGGAGAUGACUCAGAUGACAAUGACUACAAUAUGGAUGAGACUAACAUACAAUUUGAUGUUGAUGCAGACAUGAGUGAAUUCCAUAGUGUUGUUGAUGUAGAUGAACAUGAAAUUUUAAGUAAUCAUACAACAUGUGAUUACUGGUUUGUAGGGAAUGACAUGGUUGAUAAAGAGGUGGAAGUUAUUGCUACUGACGAUUAUCGAUUUGUAGGAUUUCAUGAAGAUGAUAGGAAGAGAAUGCUUAAGGAGUUAAGUUAA